GUUUUUCAUUAAAGGUGUGUCAUUUCUAAUUUGAUUUCACUUGAAAAGGAUGAUUUAGUUCUGAGAUAAGACUCAACGAUUAGGAUUCCUGGAAAUCUAUAAUAUUUAUACAUUUUAUUUCCUGAUAACAGUUGUGCGAAAAUCUAUUUAAAGUCUAUACAUACAUAAUAUCUUCAGCAUGAACAGUUCAGGACAUAGUUUAAGCAUAAAUCCUAAAGAGGAAGUAAAAGGUUUUCUGGAAUAUGUAAAUAAGAUACGUGAGCGUGAGAAAGCAGAACCACUAGCAUGGAACACUGCUGUCAAGUUUCUUAUGGCAAGGAAGUUCGACAAGAAAAGAGCAAUAGAUCUGUAUAUAAACCAUGAAAUAACAAGAAGAAAAGAAGAAUUAUUACAUAUAGAUAGUAAUGAUGAGUUACUACUGAAAGAAGUGGCAACGGAAAAGUUAACAAUAUUGCCUGGGAGAGACAAACAUGGUGCAGCAGUAGCCUUAUUUACAGCCAGACUACAUCAGCCCAGAGACUCAACACAUCAGAUUGUUCUUAAAGGUCUACUUUAUCAGUUAGAUGCUGCUUUGGAAAGCAAAGACACACAAAGACAUGGUUUAGUAUUUAUAUACGACAUGACAGAUUCAAAGUAUGCAAACUUUGAUUACGAACUCUGCACAAAAAUUCUCAGUCUUUUGAAGGGAGCAUGCCCAGCAAGAUUGAAGAAAGUAUUAAUUGUGACUGCACCUCUGUGGUUUAAAGCUCCUUUCAAAAUUCUCCAACUUUUUGUCAGGGAAAAACUCAGGGAUAGGGUAUAUACAAUCAGUCUUCAACAACUCCCUUUGCAUAUACCAAGUGAGUCCCUUCCAUUACAUCUUGGAGGAACAAUAAUGAACAGUCAUCCUGCUUGGAUGCAAAUAUGUUACAAAGUAUCAACAAAACAAAGCAUUGACCUGAACACUUACUUCUUCCCAUGUAGGAGUACUAGGCAAGGAUCUGUGUCACAAAGAAGCUUAUCUAGUGAAAUUUCAGACUGCAUGAUUAUUAGUGAUAUUGAAUCUGAAGAAUCCAAGGAAACUAUUAGUGAAAAACAUAGUUCUGAGGAAAAGGAAAAGGAAGAAAAGAUGAUCAUAGAUCAAGAAAAAGAAGUCACAGUGGAAAAACAUGACACUUGUGCAAAUGGCAGUAUAAAACGCAGACAUGAUUCAGAUGUAAAUAAUGCAGACGACAACAAGCAGCAGAACAGCAAUUGCAAUGACAAUAUAAAUGAAGAUGAAUCUGAUAUCCCACCAAAAAAACGACCUUCGUCAACUAGUACAAAUAUUAUUGAAGAUACAAAUCAUAUGAAUGAAGUUACAGGAAUGACUGUUGAACAACUUGUUAAACACUUGAGGAAAACAAAAAGAAAGGGACUGUAUACUGAGUACGCACAUAUAAAAAUGGAACCACCAAGUGGAACAUUUAAUAUAUCAAAAGCAAAAUAUAACUUGCCAAAGAACAGAUACUCUGAUGUAUUAUGUUAUGACCAUUCUCGAGUCAAACUGCCUGCCAUUGUUGAGGGUGAUCCCUCAUCAGAUUAUAUCAAUGCCAACUAUGUUGCUGGAUACAAUCAGGACAAUGCAUAUAUAUCAACACAAGGACCUUUACCCAAGACAUUUGGGGAUUUCUGGAGAAUGAUAUGGCAUUGUCAUGUGAUGGUCAUUGUCAUGACAACAAGGGUAGUAGAAAGAGGAAGAAUGAAGUGUGGACAAUACUGGCCAAUGGAGGAGGAAUCAGAAGAACAGAUAGAGGAAUUUAUAGUCAUAAACACUGGGAUAGAACAACACCAUGAUUACACAGUUACUGGACUUUUCCUUCACAAUACAAAAUCUGGAGAAUCUCGACACUUGACACAUAUACAGUUUACGAGCUGGCCUGAUUAUGGAGUUCCAAGAACUGGAACAGCUUUCCUAGACUUUCUCUUCCGAGUUAGAAGUUGUCAAGCCGAUGCCACUAAACGCCUUGGCUCAUCUUGGAGAGGUCAUGCUCUUGGCCCACCGAUUGUUGUUCAUUGUAGUGCUGGCAUUGGUAGAACAGGAACAUUUAUGACAAUAGAUAUAUCACUACGCCAAUUAGAAGACACACAUAGGGUAGAUAUUAAAGAGACAGUCAGAAAGAUUCGUUCACAGCGAGCCUUUGCUAUACAGAUGCCAGAUCAGUAUGUAUUUUGUCAUCUGGGCAUUGUGGAACAUGCCCUAAGGCAAGGGGACAUUGAGGAUUUAGAUCUGGGUGGCUUUGAUGAUAGUGAUAGUGAAAGUGAUGAAAUUUGACAUCGUUUAUAGAGCUUUACCUCAUGAUCAACUGUCUAUAUGUUGUUCUUAUUUUGAUAUAUAAGAUGUUGCUUACUAAGCUACCUCUAAAUUGAGGUCACCUGUCCUAAUCUGACCAAUCUGUAAUAUCUGGAGAUAUUCUCAUAAAAGACUUACUUGUAGUUAAGGGACAUUAAUUUUUGAUAGGUCAUAUGAAGAUCUAGUGAAUCCCAAUUAGGUGUCAUGUUCAGAUAACCUAUUAAGUUAUUUAGAUUGAACAGGAUUUUUAUCAUCUGAAUCCUUUAAUUAUUUUAUUUACCUUUUAUGAAACAGCUGAUAGAGAUCAAAAGUGGAAGAGUUGAAAUUAAAAAGAUAAAAUGGUAUCCAAUAGGUUGUAAAGUACAUAAAAAUCUUGGGUUUUUUUUCUUCAUUUUUUUUUACAAAUUAACUAACAUAUUGUAAAAUCUAAUAAAGAUUGAGAAAUUACAUUCACACAUGAUAUCAGGUAAAUAAAACCGUAAAAGACACUGACUCAAAAUGUUUAGUGUUACUCAGUAAGAUGCAUUAACAUCACAACUUUGUGGUAAAUACUUUAUUGACUUGCAAGAGUUAAUUCCCCUGUUAAUUAAUGAAAUAGACCUCAUUUACCAUGUUUCUUACAAUAUUCAAUUUUCAGUAAAAAUUUAAACUUAUAAAUAUAUAAUAUAUUUUUACAUUUAUAAUAUAGUUCAUAAAAAAUUAUUUUGAACACAAAUGUCCUCAAAAGGAAUACUAUCUUGACUCUUGUUGGUGAAACAUUGGGUGUUAAUAAAUUAUAACUUGUAAUUUUCUCUCAAAAACAAAUAUGGUAAGGACACAGAGUUGGAUGCUAUUUUAAAUUGGUGUAAAAUGUAUGGUGCCAUUAAUUAUAUAUGUUAUAAAAAAUUGUAAACUUUGAACAUAGACAUGAAAAGUUAACUGAAUUCUUGAUUUUUUUCUCAUUUCUAAUAUGAUAUACUUUGAA